GGCGGGCAGGCAGGCGAAUCGUGUGUAAUGACAGAGCACUGCGCAGGAGUGGCUUACAUUUGCAAGGAGCUGGAGCAGCCAGCGAGCGAGCGCGGCGCACAGCUCGUACUCGCUCGGUCGGCACUCAAAACACUUUACCCGGGAUCACCAGCGCAGUAUUGACUGAAUGCCUGUGCCGUGUGUAGCUUAUUUAUGCAUGCAACAGUUAGUUUUUAAUGAGCGUCUAGUAAUACCCGCACAUUAGAGCGUGCUCUCGGUGCACCGAUUAGGAGCGUAGCGCGAGAAUCGCACACUGCACCGCCGAUGGCCAAGAAAGUGAAGAAGGCCAGCCAGCGUGCGUGCGUGCGUGCUGGAGUGACGAAUCUGACACGCGAGUCGGAAGCGAGGGAAAGAAGAGCCCGCUAAAAUAUGGAUAAAAUCAAUGAUCUGGACCUGGAGGAUCUGAACUACCAGCUGCCGCGGCGGCACCGCACCGAGGAGCUGGCAAAAUUGGCGAACUCGACAAAGUUCACCCGCAAGGAAAUCCAACUCAUCUAUAGGGGAUUCAAACAGGAAUGCCCCACGGGUCUCGUCGAUGAGGACAACUUCAAAGCAAUUUUUUCGCAAUUCUUCCCGCAAGGAGACGCCUCGCAGUAUGCACACUACGUUUUCAACACGAUAAAACAGGGCCAGAACAACGGCAAAAUUGGAUUCGAAGACUUCCUAAAUAUUUUAUCUAGAGUCUCGCGGGGCACCGUGCAAGAGAAGCUGCAGUGGAUAUUCGGACUGUACGACCUGAACGGGGACGGACUGAUCACCCAGGCUGAAAUGCUGGACGUCGUCAACUCCAUAUACGACAUGCUCGGCAGGAACACGGAGCCCCAAGUUGAGACGACUUCGGCGAAAGAGCACGUUGAGAAAAUCUUCCAUCAAAUUGACACCAACAAAGAUGGAGUGGUGACCAUCGAGGAGCUUGUGGAUUGGUGUUUGCAAGACGAGAAAAUCGUACAGUCACUUGAGAUGCUCGACACCGUCUUGUAAGCAACGCAUCGUUUGAAAACCCAAAAUUUGCAUCACUUCCGGAAAAUAUUUCAUAUCACUGAGUGUGAAUUAAAACUUUAAAAGCCGAAAUUUCAAGUAAAACUCGAUGUCUUUUGUAAUCGCGUUGGAAGAAAAUGUGUGUAACAUAUGGGCACAAUAUAUUUGCAUUAAAUUCACUGCAUUCCUAUUUUUAUACUGCGCGCAACUAACUUUGCAAAAUGAGCUCCAAUUUGGUGUGUAUUUGUUGAUACUCGGUGUUGAGUUAGGAAACGACUCUUAGAAUUUUUUGGUUUUAAUGAAAUCUCAGCACGAAUAUGUAGUCACUACUGUAUUCCAGUUUUAUUUAUUGAAUAUAUUUGAAUGUUGAGCGUACAUAGCGUGGAAAUGUUUCUCUACUCAUACCUAUAUACACACCCUUUUGCCUCUGCAUACAAUUAUGAUAAUUAUAUUAUUGUAUAUAUCUGAUUAUACAGUAAAACACAUAAAAAUUGUUGUAAAGUUAUAAAUAGACUUGAGGGGUCACGUUGAAAGUCUCUAUUUUCCUGCUGAGAAGUUGAAAGAUAUGUGCAUGAAGUUUGAACUUAAAUAAUAAUUGACUGUAGGAUGAUUGCGUUUGCCUGUCUAUGCCGGCAGGUAACUUGUUUGUAUCUUCCAACCAAAACUGAAAUUAUUUCCCGAUAUUAUUGUUCCGUGGCUGCUGAUGAUUUGAGACUUUCCAGAUGAUAAGUUUAAAUUUAAGAAGUUAAAAGUUUUUAGGUAAGUGAACGCAUAGGCCUAAAGUGAUCAAUUUUGACGUCAUUUUCCAAUCUACUAAAAAUGAUAUCGUGUAUAAAAUGUAUCAUAGCUAUCGACUAGUCCAAAUUGCUUUACGCCUUAAUGAAGUACCCUCCUACAAAUCCGACUUUCACGACUGCGCAUCCAUGUUGCAAUUAUACACCUAUUAUUCCAAGGGGAACAAUUUUCAUUUUGCGGAAUCCUGUCCAUCGUUUUAAUUGCAGGCUCUGAGCCUCGCAACGAGUUCAAAAGUUUUGAUGUCAGUGCAUAAUAUAUUCCUUAUAUAUAUACACUUACUCAGGCAUUGAUGUUGUUACGAAUUAAUGCUUAUAAACACACACAGGGACACGUAACGCGCGCGUUUGCACGGAAAGCAUCCCUCUAUUUUUGGUGUUGCAUUCUUUCUUCCAACUCUUCUCACGCAUCUGCUUAAAUACAAAGAGACGAGAAAAUCAAUUGUUUAUUCCUGCCGCUCUCUAUGCACGGACUUGAGCUUUUUGUGCCACAAUAAAAGAAUGCCCGUCGCCGAGCCGAAUGUAUACUCACGCGCUUUUACCUCGUGAAAAGCAGAGCAAAGGUUGCCACUUCUAGAGAGGCAAAUAAGUGAAAUAAUAAAUUCGUGAACACGCAACUGCUGUAAACGUAAAGAAAUGGGCCAUUAAGCAACACUCGCCCCCGUUCACUCCCUUGUUGGUGUGUUAUUUUCUCAUUCCCAUAUUUAUUCUCAGACUUAUGACUUGAUCGAUGAGAUUAAUAAUAAUGACGAUGAUGAUAAUAAAGUGAGACACAUCUUGGAUUAUAAUAAU